AUGCCCACCAGCAACGCGCCCCACGCCAACGGCACGGCCGAGCCAGCCUCGGCCGGAUCCAACCAGGGCUCGGCCUCGCCCAGCUCCCAGUCGUCGGGGCACCCGCUGCGACCGGCCCCGUCCGCCGGCGCAAUGCGGCAGUCGCCCGCCGCCACCUCGACAUCCGGCGCGGGCCAGAUCACGCCGCUCCGAACCAGCAGCGGCACGCUGAUCACGCCCAAGCCGCUCAGCGCCCGCGGUCCAGGCACCGUGGCUGAUGCCGUAGCCGCCUCGCUCGGCAGCAAGCGCGAGCGCAAGCGCAAGCGGAUCCACUACAGCUGCGCCGAAUGCCACCGCAGGAAGCACAAGUGCGACCGGCAGACGCCCUGCCAGCCAUGCAUCGACCGCGGCCUCGGCGACAGCUGCCGCCCCUUUGAGGACGGCGACCAGUUCGGCGACAUGCGGGACCGGGUGCAGCGACUCGAGGACAUCGUCGAAGGCCUGGCGGUGGCACAGGCCGAGCUGGCAAAGGAGCUGAGCGAGGCGCGCAAGGGCGGGUUCGAGUAUCAGGAGAUGGAAUCGAGCGGCGACGAAAACGACGGCGAGCAGCAGACGACGGCCGACGGCCAGCCGCGGCCCAAGCCGAGGAAGAAGCGGCGCCUCAUCCGGCCCGACACGGUGCGGGGCAUGGAGCGCGAGGAGCUGUACAACUCCGAGGCGCAGGCCAUCGCCGCCGUCAAGGGCGAGACCAUCGACUCGAGCUCCAACCAGCGGCCCAGCUCGGGGCGGCGCUACGACGAGGGCGGCAACCCGCUCGAGGGCGGACUGGCGCGCGACGGCGACAGCUGGUUCGGCGCGCUGGCGCUGCCCUCGGUGUCGCGCGGCGUCAUCGAGACCGAGAUCAACGGCGAGCGGCUCGAGCUGGGCGCCAACUUCCCGCGCUUCCCGGCGUCGGUCAAGCUGCACCGCCUCAUCCACGAGGGCGGCGCUCCGGAAAACAUCCUCUCGCAGCUGAUGAACUGCCUGCCGAGCAAGCAGGACACGGAUCGCCUGCUCGACAUCUACUUCCGCGACAUCAACCACACGCGCCUCCCCAUCCACGAGGGCACCUUCCGCCAGUCGUACGAGGAGCUCAUGGAGUUCCGCUGGGGCGACGCAAAGGAGGAGCGCGGCGACGACGGUGCCCGCCACGUGCCCUUCCUCGCCUUCCUCUUCUCGAUCCUGGCGACGGCGAUGCGUUCUCUCCCAGAGAGCAUGGGCACCGAGGCCGAGGCCAAAAAGGGCGCCAUGCGGCUCUACCACGCCUGCCGCCGCACGAUCAACAUCGCCUCGACGAUCCGCGUCGACCACAUCGACCUCGUCCUCGCCCACCUGUUCGCCGCCCGCUUCCUCAUCUGCCAGAGGCAGAGCGCAGAGAGCUGGUCGCUCCUCGGCACCGCCAUCCGCGCCGCCCAGGCCAUCGGCCUCCACCGCGACGGCAGCAAGCUCGGCCUCGACGCCAUCACCACGGAGCGCAGGAGGAGGCUGUGGGCGCUCAUCUUCCACAUGGACAAGACCACCAGCAUCCUCCUCGGACGGCCCCAGGCGAUCCAGGAGUUCCACUGCGACACGCUGCCGCCUUCGGACGUCGACAUCGACACGAUGCCCCGCGCCGCCCGGCCCUAUGUCCCGCGCACCAAGGCGAGGCCGCACGCGCCGCCGGGCGUCUUCCUCUUUGUCGCCAUCCGACACGAGCUGGCGCGCCUCACGGGCAAGAUCGUCGACCACUUCCAGAACCUCGCCAGCCCGCGGCGCUACGCCGACGUCGUCGCCCUCGACGAGGAGCUGGAAAAGUUCCGCCGCGACUUGCCCGACAUCUACCGCAUGGACCGCGCAGAGGACGGCAGCUGCACCGGCACCGACAAGAGCUUCGACGACGUCUGCUCCUACCUGCCCCUCCACCGCUACCUGCUCAACAUCGAGUACCACUACGUCCGCAUCGCCCUGCACCGGCCGUAUGUGCUGCGCAACAGCGAAAAGUACUCGCACUCGCGAGCCGCCGCCUUUGAGAGCGCAAAGACGGACCGCAUGGUGCGCCACGAAUACCGCAAGGACGUCAAGUGGGAGCCGGACCGCGCCAGAAAGGUCCACAUGGGCGGCCUCUACCGGCUGUUCAACGCCACCAUGAUGAUCGGCAUCGCGCUCUUGCUCAAUCCGAACGGGCCCGAGGCCGAAGACUUCCUCUCGUUCCUCGACGAAUUCAUUGAGCACCAUCGCAACCGCGGCACCGGCGGCGGCGACACGGAUCAGUGCACCAAGCGCGAGGUCAAGAUCAUUGAGCUCUUCCGCGCCAAGGCGCGCGACCCGACGUGGUGCGCCACCUCGGGCGCGGCCGCCGAUCGGAGAGAGAGCGCCGCCAAGCAGGACGCAGCGGAUUCGGCGGCGGCAGCGGUGGCAGCAGCUUCGGCCAACGCCGCGUCGAGCGGCGGCAACGCAGCGGGCGCAUCUGCUGGACGCGGCCAGGCGUCUACGGACAAGGGUGGCCGAAACGGCACUCCGGCUCGGUCAGCAUCGCAGCCGUCGAGCGAGGAUCAGGUCAAUGGCCUGCAGCACUGGAUCAACCGCAAAGGCCAGACCAACCCGCACAGCGAAGCGCUGAGCCGGGUGUUUGAUGCCGGCAGCAAUGGCGGUGCCCGCGCCUUCAACAUUGCGCAGUUUUUUGGCAACCCGUCGGCGGCCCCCCUGCCCGCCGGCAUGGCCAGCGUCAACGGCAACGGCACCGGUGCCGCAGGUCCCAGCUCGACCCACAGCGGCGAGGGCGUCACGCCUCCGCCCUUUACCGGCCUGCUGGCCCAGAAUGGGCUGGCAUUGGGAGCCGGCGCCAUGGGCAUGGGCCUCAGCGGCGUCAACAUGUCGUCGGCCACGUCCAACGAGACGCAGGGCGACCUGGCGCAGAGCAUCUUUGACCAGCUCGGCGGGCUGGAAAACAGCCUGGGCAUGCUCAACCCAACGUCGAGCGAGGGCCUCAACGGGCUGGGCUACGGCACGGGCACCGACGGGAUGCAGAGCAGCGUCGGCUUCGACCCGUCCGUGUUUGACCUGUCGACGUUCUGGUCGACGCAGAACGGCAGCAGCGCCGCCACCGAGGCGAGCAGCGUCAAUGGCCUCGGCGGCACCGCCGCCGCCAUGGAGUCGUCGCCGCAGACGCCGAUGACGUCCGGAGCGGUGUUGGGCGCCACGCCCGGCGUCGUCAGCGGGUCCGCAUCCAUCAAUAUCCCGGCCAGCGUCAACGCGUACGACGGAAGCGCCGGCGGUCCCAAUGGCCAGGGAGGCGGCUCCACGCCAUCGUCGUCGGCACCGUCGUUCCGCCCCGUGGCGCACCCGCACCUCCGCGCACUGCAGGCAGCGGCGGCCAACGGCACGCUCAAUGCGCAGCAUCUGCAGUCGCUCGGACCCGAUGCGCUUGCCAACCUGGCGGCGCAGGGGGCGGGCUCGUCGGGCGACCAGGGCCAGAAUGGCGCCGGAAGCACCGGCGGCGUCGGCGACUGGGGCUUGCUGCCGUGGGGAGGCCUGAUUGAGGCCAUUGCGCAGAGCUCGCAUGGCAUCGAGUCGGUCCACCAGUCGCCGCAGCCGCAGCCGCAGGGGCACGGGCAGGGGCAAGGGCAGGGGCAUGGGCAGGGGCAAGGGCAGGGGCACGGGCAGGCGCAGGCGCAGGGCGAGAAGGGCAAGGCGGGCGGCAGUUCGAGCGCCGGCACCACGGCAGCAGCGGCGGCGAAGAAGUCGCCCUCGGCAGCAGCGGGGACGGGGCCAGGCAGCGGAACGGGUACGGCAACGGGGGCCAGCAAGAAAAAGGGCGGCGCUGCGUCGUCGGCGUCGUCGGGGGCGCCAGCUGGCGCGGCAUCGGAAAAGAAGGGCCCCAAGAGCGAGGUUGGCCAAGACGACGCGGCGAGCCGGUGA